CCGCAACUACAACCCGCCCCCGGAAGACCAGAACGGCCCGCCAACGAACAAACAACUUUAUCCUCCCGCCUUCCCUCCCUCCUUCUGCAUACAUCAAUCCCAUCCUCCGUCCCCACUACUACCACCGCUACUACUCCCCACGUACCUACACUUACCACCACCCUCCCACCCACCUCCCAUCCCCCCUCCUCCCCCACACACUUACUAAGAAGGUUUUUGUCCUACUACCUACACCACACCGGUCGACAUCACCUCUAAUACUACCGACCUUACCUCCCUCAACCAUACCUACCACCACCGCCCGCACCACCUCCCCACUUCCUACGCAAGCACCACAAGCAAUGUCGCGACUACAGCAAGACACCUUCAUUGACGAAGAGGAAGAAUACUGUCCUCUUUGCGUGGAGGAGUUUGACGUCCAAGAUCGUAACUUCAAACCGUGCCCCUGCGGCUAUCAGAUUUGCCAGUUUUGCUUCAACAAUAUCAGGACCAACCUCAACGGCCUCUGUCCGGCGUGCCGGAGGGAGUACCGCGAGGAGACGAUUGAGUACAAGGCGAUCACUGCGGAGGAAUUGAAAGCUGAAGACAGCAAGAAGAAACGCCUCGCUAGCGAGAAACGAAAGCACGAAGCACAGAAACGCGAGAUCGAAGCGCUCAACCGCAAACAUCUCUCUGGCCUCCGAGUGAUCCAGCGGAAUCUGGUAUAUGUUACUGGACUCAACCCCCGGAUCCGCGAGGAAGAGCUGCUUGCGACGCUGCGCGGCGAUCAGUACUUCGGACAGUACGGGAAGAUCCUCAAGAUCGUCGUCAACAAGCGGACUGCUCAGGGGAGUCCUGGGCAGGUGCACCACAGCUCGCAUCAGGACUCUCAGGGAUUGGGUGUCUACGUCACGUUCUCGAAUAAAAAUGAGGCGGAGAAGUGCAUUGCUGCUGUCGACGGUAGUGAGAAUGGUGACCGCACCCUGAGGGCUACCUACGGCACUACGAAGUACUGCUCGGCCUACCUUCGGAAUGAAACUUGUCCAAAUAAGAAUUGCAUGUUUCUACACGAACCGGGCGAGGAAGCAGAGUCAUUUAGCAGGAUGGAGCUGUCUACGGCCAACUCGAGGCAGAACAAUCAGGGGAAGGAGCAGCUGCAGCAGCUGCAGCAGCACAGUGCGUAUGGUCACCAGCCGCAGCCUUCGAGACCGCCCCAGAGAGAACAUCAUCCGACAGCGCCGCAUCACGAAAUGGCAAGGACGAACUCCCACGUAGGGUCCGCUGCUGGGGAUGCCGAUGGAGCAUCGGCGUUGCCCUCGACGGCGAAUUGGGCUAAGAACCCCCCUACCCCGGCGUCUCGUCCAGCUUCUCUGGUGCACUCGAUUGCAAGCAACCAGAUGCCUUCGAAGGUUUCCACGCCUAGUCCGAAGGAUAUACCGGCUUCGCCGCUGGCUCUGGCACAGCACGUCCUGAGUGCCCGAGAUCGGGAAAAUGGAAAGAAGGCGCCGGAUCGCACGAAACCAUCGGUACCGUCUCCUACGAUGUCUACUUCCUCGGGUGUAUCAAACGCGAACGGGAAAUCGGUGGGAGUCAUAGGACAGCCCGUACCGGCCCCCGUUACGAAACCACCAACCCCAGCACCAGCUCCACCCCCGGUCGUGGUGGCUAAGCCGAAAGCACCAGCAGUGCAGGCGAUUCCUACUGCCUUGGUGGAGCAGAUGCAACGAAUGCAACGGAUGCAGCGGGCUAUCACCAAUCCGAAUUUCAGGUUUGUGCUGUCGCCGACGGCCUUUUCGGCCGAGGAAUUCGAGCAGUUGUGCAAGUUCCCGCCCAUGUUCGACAAACACGGUGGUAGGCGAAGACGGGAAGUCAUGGAGAAGAUGAAGAAGCAGGCGGUAGAGUCCGGAGGCGAGAAAGUGGCUCAGCAGUCUCCUGCCGGGACGGCCGCCGCCCCUCCACCCAUGGGAUUGCCGUUGCGGGGGCUCACUCCGCUGCAGCAACAGCAGCAUCGUGAUGUCAGUGGACAGCAGUUGCAGAACCUCCAGGGCCUCGGUGCUCUUCAGCAGGAGUCUUUACUGCAACAACAGCAACACCAGCAGCAACACCAGCAGCAGCAGCAAUCCGCGCUUCGAACCCAAACUCCUCAGAGCCUCCUGCAGCAAGCUAGUGGUCAACAAGGCUUCAGUGGUGCUUUCCAGGGUCAAGGUCAAGGACCUAUGGGUCCGCCGCACCAGGGUGGUGGUCACACUCGGCAGUCAUCCAGGUAUACUUUCGCAAACGACAACCCUCUGACGGCCGGAACGAGUGUCAAUGCUCGCAGUAACGCCGCACAUAUGGCCGAGCAGAUCCGCAUGAUGCCUCCCCAGCAACAGCAGCAGAUGCCCCACCAACAGCAACUCGCACAGAUGUACGGUAGUGCGCCUAGUCUCGGCGGUUCUCUGUUGGGGUCUGUCCAGCAGCCGCCUCCAGGGCUCAAGAACGCGCCAACUCCACCUGCACCCGGCCUCGGUGGUAUUCCCAUGGGCAACAUCCCUGGCCUCGGACAGUUCUCUGGCAUGGGAUUGGGUGGCCAUCACGGAAAGAGCGAGGGCGAGAACCUGCUGCUUCGGGAGCUGCUGGCUGGAAACGGUGCUCCGCGCCUGGGUGGUGCGUCGAGUACGUCCCUGACGAGGGGUGGUGACGGGAAGCUUGAUCUUGGAGACCCCAGCAUCCUUCAGGCGCGAGUUGCCCAACCCCAUCACCAGAUGCAACAGCAACAGCAGCAACACCAGGGGCUUCAAGCCGCAGGACAGGGCCAACAAGCAGAUUUCGGACCUCUCAUUCCUACGGGACCGAGGAUUCGUGUGCCCGCUCCUGCGCCCGCCACUACUACUACUACGCCUGCAGCUGCGACUCCGGUGCCCGUUACGCCGAUCGUGAGUGACGAGGAUUUCCCGGCUCUUGCGCCGCCGCAGGCUGCUGUGGGCACCGGAGUGUUGAUCGGGAAGAAGGAGAAGAAGGAGCGGAAGAGAAGGGAGAAGAAGGAGGGGAGAGAUGGUAAGGAGGAGGAGACUGAGGAGGUGAAGGAUGGAGUGGAGAAGACGGCGGAGGUGGAGAAAUUGGUGGAAGUCGUGGAGAAGAAGGAGAUCAAGACGGCGAAGGUCGAGGAGACGCUCCCUAUGGUCGUCGAGAUCUCGGCCACUCCCGGUCCUUCCAAAGGCACAGAGAAGGAGGAGAGAAAGCCUCCAGCUUCAGCCUUCGAGCCCUCGGAGCCCUCCACCAAGCGCCAGGGCCCCCUGAUGAUGCGCAUCCUCUCCAAAGAUUCCCUACGUUCGGUCCCCUCGACUGUCUCCGACAUGACCGAGAGUCGUCCUUCCACGCCCCUCAUCAACAAGCCGAUCACUGGCCCUGCGCUGGCGGAUAUGCCUCUGGUAGUGACCAAGACCAAGAGCGCCUUGAAGAAGGAGCGGCUUGCUGCUCUGAAAGAGAAGGAGCGCUUCGAGGCCGAGGCUCUCGCCGCCGCGCGGGCAAAUGAUGUUCAAGCUCCCCUCGUGGGCCGGAUGAAGAAGAAAAAAGAGGCGAAGCUUUCCGCCAGGAAAACUUCCGACAAGUCUACUGUCGGCGACACGGAGGACACAGCCUCGGAGCGCCCGACCUCCGACACCGUCUCGGUAGCCGACACCACCGACCUCCCGCUCCCCCUCCCGCGCCCCGCGGAGCCAGAGCACAAAACCCCCAUCCAGCUAAUCUCGGAGAUCCUCUAUUCCCACUCCUCGCUGCUCCGCUAUGAAAUGUUCAAGCCCCAUCUGCCAGGCCUGAAGUGGGAAUCGAUGAUUUCGCCCGAAGACCUGCUGCUGCUCCGCAGCACCGCGGCGAACUCGCUCACCACCGCCGCCAUGCCGCUCUCGCUCUUCGAGUCCCGCAUCUUUGUGUCCCCCGCGGGCAGCACGCUCCACGGCUUGAGCGCGGAACAGGAGGAGCGCUACGUGCAGCUCGAGAAGGAGCAGAAGUUCAAGGACGGCCGCAUCAACCGCGAGGGCAUAGACGCGCUGUGGAAGCCGAGCGUACCCGAGAUGGAAGCGCGAGGCGAGAAGUCCGCCAAGGAACUUGAGGCCGCCGUCAAGGAGAGCAGGAAGAUCGCUGAGGGAUACGAGAAGAAGUGCGAGAAACUCGCCAAGAGGAAUCGUAAAAUCAUGGGCUUGGUUUGACUUAUUACCUGCCUGUGUGGCCUCUGGUGCUGGUUUUUUUUUCUGGGCCUGGCUUUGGCGCUGGCCUGCUGCUUUGAGCGAUUCGAUGGGCAUGGAUGGGCGCUUGUUGUACUUUUACUUUUACUUUUGCUGCGCGCGCGGUUGACUGAUGACUGAUGCAUGACUGAUGGAUGGCUAGACGUGUGUGUCGCCUGUUAAUUGUUGGGAAGGGGAGAGGGAUACCCAUUACCUACAUACCUCGGUGCUUUGCUUUGCUUUGCUUGGUGAUAGCGAUCGAGAAAAUGAAUAUGCGAUUAGAUGCGAUUAGAUGUGUGCAUGAUAAUGAUACUAGUACUGU